CUCUUUCCCCAAGUGUUACAAGUCGUCUGCUGAAUCUUAAUUGUCUCUGAUUUUUGAAUUCAAUUCCUUCUGUGGUGUAGGGGACAAAGUGCAUGGAUUUCUAAAGGUAUUUGGAAACUCGACAGAAUAUGGCGUCUUCGUCAUCACAUCUGUCAGAUGAAACCAGUAGUGUUUGUGUUGUCGAGCUUGUUGAAUCUGACGAAUCAUGUACCGAGCAGAGGCCACCAAACAUGACCAAAGUCGAUGAAGAUGCAUCUUCGUCUUCUACAUUGGACGCCCUGAAAAUUGAAACAAAUGGUCAUGGUGAACAUGCAUGCAAAACAGAAUCACUUGCAUUUGAAAAGUUUAUAUCUACCUGCACUCCUCAUUUGAAAAUCCCUGGAGAUGAACCAAUCCUUGCCAAACUUAGAAAACACUAUUCCAGGCUCGAUCUUGAGUGUAGACAAUCAGACACUUUUAACUCUGACUUGGCAAAGUUUAUCUUACAUGUUAGUACAAAUGAUGUAUACAUAACUAUUCAAGAGAUAUUGAACUACUUUAAAAGUUACCACACCAAAUCCACCAGUCAGAAACAAGCACAUAUAAAGAAGCUGGAAAAAAUCCUUGGGCUCUUGGACAAAAAAAUACAAGAACUUCAAGCUAAGGAAGUAGAUUUUGAUGAAGAAAAAAACUCCACAUAUAUCCUAGAGUGCAGGUAUAAAGAACGUUUUGCCUUCGUGUACAGUAAACUGUGCGACAUCGUCGGCUACAGUACUCGUGAUCCGAAACGUAAGAUUGAGUACAAUGGCACGAGGUUUCCCGAAAUUAACCGUAACAUAACAAGAUAUCUAAAGAAAAAUGACGAUUUCCCUGAUUUCAAAGACGUUCUUGAAAUCAUCGCCGAGACAAAUGACCAAGCGGGGCUGCUUAUGUCUGAAGAGAACAUCUCGAGAAUGGCAAGACAGGUAUUUGAGGAGGUCGGCUCUAAGCUUAAAAAACGGCGAAUCGACGAGUUUGAGUCAACCUUUGGAUGCACGCUAACAGACAACAUUGAGGUGGAUGACAAUAAUGAUCCUGCAACAGUUGACACCGAAUUAAGAGAAAAGCUAGAAAAUAACCAAAAACUAGCUAAAAAACGACUGGAUGAGGUGAUGGAGAACUUUGUAGUGAAGCAAGAAACUAGAAGCGAAGAAGAAGCUGCGGCUUCAAAUGCUGAGGAAGAAGAUGGUGAUGAUGACGAAGAAGAUGAUGAAGAUGAUGACGACGACGGUCGGGAAAAAAUGGAAGAUAUUGAUGAAGACCAUAUUCUGGUUGUUGAGAUAGAGACAUCACAAUCGGAAACAGAGGAAUCAGAAGUGGAACAUCAAUCUGAAACAUCUUCAUGUAGAAGAAAUUCUUCGUCUGAGACGGAUGUUGCCCAACAAAACGAACCAACAAUGCCUUCGAAAAACGGAUUUCUUUCCGAGUUAGACAUUAAACCCAACGUCAGUGUUCUAACAAAGUCCUUGGCAGCAAACGACAGUCAUUCUUCCGACGUCGAAAAGAAGGUUCCUACUACCGUUUAUCGGGGUUUAAAUAAAACACAACCAAACAAUCGCAAUCCGCUGCGAUCAGUGAAACGGCAAUUAAGUUCUGAGGACGAAGUGAGUGCUAAACAAACCUCGGAUCGAAAAAGAAUUGCUCUUCAGACAUUUGUGGACGACGAUGUCAUUGUUUUAUCAGAUUGAUGGACUCAUCCUACCAGAAAUUCAAUAGUGUCGAUAUUUGUG